AUGUUUACACAGUUCUACAACCCCACAUUACAUUGUUUCACAUUUCAGGACUUUCUUCUAGCUCCCACGGUGGAAGAAUUUGCUCACUUGCUCCAACUUCUAGUUAAGAACCAAGUGCCUUACAUGAUCGAAGAUAACUUCCCAAAUUUUGCCGAGAUAGAAAAAGCAUUACACAUGAAGAAGAAUUUGAUUGAGUUCAGUUUCCGAGUUAAGGGUAAUACCAAUGGCCUUCCGUCUAAGUUCUUGUUCGAGAAAGCCACCGUAUUUGCUAAUAGUGGGAGUUGGGACGCCUUCUAUGCAGCUUUGAUUACUCAUCUAUGGUCUGGUGCUAUUCCCAACCGUCGAAGAAACAUGAAGAAGGGCAGGACUAUUAACUGCUGCAUUCCUCUACUUCACAAGUGGAUCAUGACCCACUUGCCAAAGAGAGGACCAUUUGCUGAUAAUGUGGGGGCUUUGAAGUGGUCACAAAGGUUGGUGUCAUUGGAUGCUCAAGACGUCAUUUGGUACAACCAUGAUUAUAUGUGGGUAGAACUUAUCUUUCACUCUGGGGAGUUUCUAAGUGUUCCGCUCAUCAGUACUAAAGGGGGUUUGAUCAACUAUAACCUUGUUCUCUCACUACGUCAGUUAGGCUCUCCAUUGAAAGAAAAACCAUAUGACUGA